AUGUGGAAGCGAGCGUCGGUGGCCGCCAUCGGUGCUCUCCGGCGGCCAUUUUCGUCGAGAGGUAGCGGCAUCUCCCCCGCCGUGAACUCGCUGCUUCUCCGCUCCCUCAAGGAUCACUAUCUAGAAGUCUCCAAAAUGAAUAUGCCCCCUAAAGUGAGUCCGCCGUCGCCGUUCACGAUCGUGAAGGGGGCUCUGGACUCGCACGGUCCGGUUCUGAAGCGCAGCUAUGGCGAGGAAGAGGUGAGUGUGUACGUCAUGCGGUUGUCGGCCCCCGAGGACGACGAUUCUGCCAUUGACCAGCUCUUCAUCCAUGUCGACGUCUCCAAACCUUCGCAGAAGGAAUCGUUGAUUUUCCUCUGCGGUUUGUACGAGGAUGCUCUGGGGAUUCACUCUGUUUCCAUGAGGCCUAAGCUCCAAGAUUCCGGCUACCUCCUCAUCCCCUCCCAAUACACUGGCCCUGUUUUCGCAGAACUAGAUGAUAAGAUGAGAGAUGCGUUUCACAGUUACAUUGAGGAGCGAGGAGUGAACGAGUCUCUGUUCAAAUUUCUUCAAGCGUGGUUAUAUGUGAAGGAACAUCGAAAUCUGAUGCGGUGGUUCAAAACGAUGGGAUUGUUCAUUGAUGGAAAGAAACCAGCUACAGGUGCUUAA